AUGCUGGCCUGCAUCGCGUGCUCCGCAAAGGAAGGCGGGGAGGACGGCUCCCGUGCGGCGGCCACGCCUGCCGUCAAGUCGCUCACCUCACAGCUCAAGGACAUGGUGCUCAAGUUCUCCGGCUCCGGCAAGCAGUACAAAGCGACGGCCGGGAGCCCGUCCUUCAGGGGCAGGGGCUACGGCCGCCAUUACCCUGGCUUCAUCGACGACGCGACCUUCACGCCGGCGAGCAGGUCCGCCGUCGACGGCGCGUACGCGAGCAGCAGGGCGGGCGCAGCGGCGACGGCGGCCAACGGGGGCGCGCGAGCCGCCACGUCGGCGACGUGGGACAUGACCGGGCGCGGAUGGCCGGGCAUCGACGAGGAGGAUGGUGGCGUCGGGGUGGACGUCGACGCCGCCGUGCCCAGGGAGUGGACGGCGCAGGUGGAGCCCGGCGUCCAGAUCACCUUCGUCACGCUGCCUGGCGGCGGCAACGAUCUCAAGCGCAUCCGUUUCAGCCGGGAGAUGUUCAACAAGUGGGAGGCGCAGCGGUGGUGGGGAGAGAACUACGACCGCAUCGUGGAGCUGUACAACGUGCAGACAUUCAGCGGCCGGCAGCAGGGGGGCUCCACCCCCACCUCCUCCGUCGACGACUCAGUUCUGAGAGAUUCGUCCUACUCCCGGGGCGGCUCCACCCGGGCAGAGAGUCCGGUGGCCAUGAUCCCGCCGCCAUCCUCGUCGCUGAGCAGAGACCCGCCGGUGUCCCGGAGCAUGUCGUGCAAGGCGAUGAUGCCUCCGCCGCCGCCGUCAGGCAGCAGCUACGCCGCAGGGCCUUCCACCAGGGCGGCGCCGUGCUACCCGUACGCGGCGGCCGUGCCGGACCCGUCCGACCACGUCUGGGCGCACCACUUCAACAUGCUCAACUCCGCCGGCGGAGGCCCGUCCUCCUACGACCCGUCGCGCGCCACCACGUCGUCCCGCGACGAGGCGUCCGUGUCCAUCAGCAACGUCAGCGACACGGAGGCGACGGAGUGGAUCGAGCAGGACGAACCUGGCGUCUGCCUCACCAUCCGCGAGCUCGGAGACGGCACCCGCGAGCUCCGCCGCGUGCGGUUCAGCCGGGAGAGGUUUGGCGAGGACAGGGCCAAGGUGUGGUGGGAGCAGAACAGAGACAGAAUACAAGCUCAGUACCUGUAA